GACAACAAUAUGGCGGCUUCCGCCAAGUGAAAAAAGUUUAUGACACCAUUUUAUUAAUGAUAACGCCAUCAAAACAAAUAUAGCACGAUGGCAACGUAUAUGCCCCCAAUAGCGCGAAAGAAGAGGGUUCCAGAAAAGUACAAUCCUGACACCUUCAGGGUUGUGAGCCUUGAUGCCGAGGAUUUCCAUCCAAAGUUUCAAGAUGCAGUCAUUAAACCUGUGUAUGCCUCUGAUCCAAGGCCAUCCAGGAAAUUACUGCCAGAUAUAUCCAUCAGAGAGACAAGAGUUCUACCCCACACAACUCCAGAUUUCCGGGCUCAUAAUCCCCAACCUGUAAGCUGUGGCUUUUUGCGACAUGACGCCAGAUUGCUGAAUGAACCUGUAUGCACAGUGUUUACGAGGAGUACCUACCCAGACCAACACAACUGGUGGCCAUCUCGGACAAGCUCUGACCCUCUCAACCAACCUGAAUACACACGAGACACAACACAAAGAGCAGAUUUUCAGUUUGCAAAGGAAGCGGUUCCACUGGGCUCCACCCGUCACCUGGCUAAUCCAAAUAAGGAGCCUGCUUUAGGAACAGUUCCAGUGAACUUCCUUCGCUGUCGAUCUGGUGACAAGAGACUGUACAAGGAAGGUAUUUCAUUUGAGCAUCAGUAUGACAGUCGGGGAGAUCCAAACUACCCAAUCAGGUCCAAGCGCCACGGUGCAUUUGUAUGGGAUCAACUGCGUCCUGACAAAGCUCAGCUGUUGCUAGACUACCACAAGAGUGUUGAAGCAAAGCAUGCAGCAGAAGCACAACAAGCCUUCACUCCAGUAUCACCAGGUGUUGCUGCAGCUGUGUCAUUACCACCAGAUUCAUGCCUCCCACAGCCCCAACCAGAGGUGACGUCUCCCCCUGCAGCGAUGUCACCCCCUGUAGAAAGGUACCCCCCAACAGCGAUGUCUCCCCCUGAAGUCCAGCCAGCACCAGCCAAUCUUGAAAUGCCCACAAGCAUCCCACAACCCUCUGCAAGCCCAAUAUCACCUCCUCACUGGCCACUUCCUGUAGGUCAAAGUUCAUUUCCUCCACCACAGAUAUCCCCCCAGAACGAGGUACCUGCUGUGGGGGGUGGACAUGCUGAUCUGGAACAGGAGGAGUACUUUGUGCAGGAUGUUGGUACCUCCACAGCACAUGAUGGAGUUCUGUAGUAUUCUGUCCAAAAAUAUCCGUUUUCUUUACGGUCACUGAUCUGCUGUGCUGCAUAUGUUACAUCUACACAUUAAAUGUAACAACGUGCACUCCUCUGCAGUUACAUCCUUUACAGCAUUACAAUGUCAUUUUAUCCUUCAGUAUUUUACCAGUAUUCACAGAAGUGGACCUUAGAAAGCCAAAGUUUUUUGUUUUCACUGAAUGAAAUGCUACUGUUAAUGUAUUACCGUUGUUAUUGUGAUAUUAGAAUGAUUCCUUCCACAAAGUGUCAGUAGUAUUAUCCUUCUCAUAUCAAACAAUGUACAUUUUGCUCAAUAUGCUCAUGAAAAAAAGAUAUAUUUUUUUGAGUGUCACUUUUCAAAUAUCUAUGGCCAUUUUUGUAUUUGUUGGAUCACAGAUUUUUUUGGUCAAAGUCGGAGGAGGGAAUAAAAAGAUUUGAAAAAGGCUGACAUCAUGCCAUGUUGAUUAAGUCUGGCACUGAACGAUUUUGAGAAAACAAUAAUGUCAAAUUGAGCAUGAUAAGUUUUAUAGAUGAUUUUUUUUACACACUGAGUAAUCUCAAAAUGGGUUUGCAUGUAUGAUGUGUCGGCAGGCAAAAAAUAUGUGUAAAUUUGGAUUAUAAAUAUUUUCCAAUUUUGAAGUAAAAAGGGUCAGCGGAUCCGUGAUCCAAGGAAUAAAAGAACAAUGGCUCAAGCAGAUGAAGUUUAUUCAACAAGUAAGGAUGGAUGAAUUACCUCUGAAUUACCAAUUACUGAAAUGUUAUGUUAUUAAUGGUCGCUGUCCUUACCUGACAGGUCAAAUAAACUAUUAUAGUUGUUACCACUAAAUAUGGUACUCAACUUUUGAUAGGGAUACUGAAACGUAUGCCUUGGCAAAAUAAGAUCAAAUUAAGAAGUAAUCAGUUUGAUGUGUCUUAGAGAAAUGUCAGUAUCCCUUUCAAGGUAUGAAAAGUAUGUAUAAUAAAGUGAUGUAUAAACGACUGCAAUAUGUGGCAAUAUCUUGAGUUAUAAAAUGUAAGAUUUACUGAUUGGUACGUGUUGGAUCAAGUUCAAGUAACAUUAUCCAACUGCUAUUUUUAACGUGUGCUUUACUCUGGGAGUAUUUUAGGCCACACUUUUUUAAUUUUAUGUUUCAAAUUCGGUCGAAAUAAAAUAAAU